AUGGUCUCCACGCGACACCAUCCCCGCGAAUUCCCCUCACCUGAGGCCGUUAAAGCGCUGUCCAAGUCACCUCCAGCUACCACCAGCGCCAGUUCGCGCAAAUGGACUCAUACACCCGCCGCUGCGCUAACAAUCUGGCUGGUCGCUUCAGUUCCCUUGGUCAUAUGGGACACAGGCUAUGUCUUGCUACGGCCACAUAGCAUGCCCGGCGGAAGUCUACACUCUCCAAUCUGGACACCUUAUGCGCUGUACGGAAAGGUCGACUAUAUCUACGGCUGGCCCGCUUUCAAUGCGCACAACGGCUUCACGGCUGCACAGACUAUUAUGAAUAUUUUUGAGACUAUCGGUUACAUCUACUACCUCUGGAUUGUCUACCACUAUGGAUCGACGGUUCGAAAGGGUGGAUCGCAGAAAAUCUCCAAGGGAUUCACCUGGUUGCUGAAGGGAGACAAGGUAGUCGCUGGGCGCAUUGGUGCGAUUGCACUUCUAGUCGCCUAUACCGCUUCUGUCAUGACCCUAAGCAAGACUCUACUUUACUGGCUCAACGAGGUCUUCUCCGGCUUCGAGAACAUCGGUCACAACGAACCGCAUACUCUCUUCUUCUAUUGGAUCCUCCCUAACGGUCUGUGGCUCGUGUUCCCCAGUUACAAUAUCUACAUUCUCGGGGGCGAGAUUCUCAACUCGCUUGAGCUCGCAACACCGCGCCAGAAGGUCGGACGUCCGAAAUCCACCUAG